GCGUCGGUAGAGUCAAAUAACCCGGAAGUGAAUGCUUCCGCGGAUAUGUUUACAAAACAGUCUAGCUUGGGUCGUUAUUAGUAGGCUUUCAGUGAAUUUUAACAAAUAUUCUGGGCAGGCAACAUUUCUAGAAAAUGACUAAACUACAGCUUUUGAAUGCUUACCUCACCGAGCGGUUAAUGGUGGCUGUAGAUGAGAUACUGGAGGUGGUCGGGGGGACAGUGUCAGAAUUCGAGGAGGAGACUGCCCGUACGAAGAGAGAGAAUGAAGUCCUAAAACGAAGGUUACGAGAAGUUGGACUCGACACGGGAACGGAAUGUUCAGCAGUCUCGACCAGGCCUGUUUCUCUCUCUAUGUCUGGGCAGCACCAGUGGAGUUCCGACCAGGGUCCAGACCUUGAGUCUACACAGACCCAGAACCACAUGGUAAUGAACCAGGAUAAGAUGCCUGCCACACAUAGCCAGCUACCCACAGAGUGCACCGAGUGGAAGAGUCUGUGUAACUCUCCACAUACCCUGUCCUCACAACAGACCGAUACAUCGGCUACCACACCAGUAGUAGCUCCAUUGACUUCAGCGUCCGUGAAAAGGGACUUGGACGAAGAAGACGACCAGCAUCUCCUUCCCUCUGCAUAUCCCUUCAGCAGCACAUCAUGCCCCGUGGACAGAGUGGUUUUACACUAUAACUCUGAGGGCAUCAAAACAGAGCCUAGUGAUACUAUCCCUACUGACUUGGAGUCAGUAUCUGCUCAGAUGGGGUGUAGUGAACUAAACCCCAGUUCGGACCCUGGACCAGCCACUGUUGAAACCAGGUACACUGUUUCAGACCUGAGCGCUGACCUGGAAUCAGUGGUUGCAGACAGCAGCAGGUACGGUGCCUCUGCCUCGGGCGUCGCAACUGACCUGGUAUCAGCUAGUGCGGCCAUGAUCCCAGAUGGCUUUUUCCGUCAGAUUGGCAGCGAUGGUUGUGUAACAACAGGGCCAGAACUAGACUUCGGGGACACCACCAGUGCCGUAGGUCCCUUGACCUCCCUGUUCUAUCCGGGUCAAACCAGACGUCAACCACAAACGAAUAGGUCAACAAAUAGGGGUCAUCAGCAAAUAAACAGGUCCACAAACAACAGGGGUCAACAACAAACAAACAACAGGGGGGAUCAGAAGUCCCACCCGUGCCCUCAGUGUGGUAAGAUAUUCAGCCACGUGUCACGCCUCAAGAUCCACCUCCGCAUUCACACAGGGGAGAAGCCGUACGUUUGUGCACUGUGUGGCAAGCGAUUCAACAACGAUGGCACGCUGAGGAACCACCGGCGCGUUCACACGGAGCUGCGGCUGUACGGCUGCCCUGUCUGCGGCAUGAGCUUCAAGGACGCCUACACGUGUAGGAAGCACCAGCGCGUGCACAAUGGAAUGCGGCCUGCCGGAGGCGGGGCCCACACCUGCAGCCUGUGUGGCAAGGCUUUCAGUGAGGCGGCUAAGCUGACCAAACACAUCAGGACUCAUGUGUCGGACAUUGGGUGAGGGCAGUACAACCAAUAAAUACUUUUUUUUAUAGCGUACAUAAAGGCUUUAUAAGCGCUAUAUAAAUGCCUCACAAAUGGUGUAUAAAGGGUGACAUAACAAUUCCCACUGUAGAUUUUAUUGCCAAAUGUAAGUUAAUAAACCAUUUAUAGAUUAUGACAUAUAAUUAUGAUUUGUAAAAGCAUUUAAGUAGCGCUAUAUAAAGCCUUUAGAUGUUUUUCUUUGCCACGGAGCUCCCGAGUGGCGCAUCCUGCUAAGGCACUUCACCCGACGUGCGGAGGGGCGUCACUACAGCGUGACGUGACCGGGAGUUCCAAGGGCAGUGGACAAUUGGUCUAGCACUGUCCCGGUUAGGGGAGGGUAGGGUUGGCAGGGGGUUCCUCGUCAAUUGGUCUAGCACUGUCCCGGUUAGGGGAGGGUAGGGUUGGCAGGGGGUUCCUCGUCAAUUGGUCUAGCACUGUCCCGGUUAGGGGAGGGUAGGGUUGGCAGGGGGUUCCUCGUCAAUUGGUCUAGCACUGUCCCGGUUAGGGGAGGGUAGGGUUGGCAGGGGGUUCCUCGUCUUAACUUGCUCUAGCGUCUUCGCGUGGCGGACUGGGCGCCUGCAAGCUGACUAGGGUCGUCAAUUGAACGGUGUCCCCCCUCCAACACAUUGGUCCGACUGACUUCCGGGUGUUUAUAAGAAGCAGCGUGUUUGUCCGAUCCUCACCUCUCCUUAGCCCGUUGGGGAGUCGCCGUAAUGGAACACAAUUGGAUACCACAAAAUGCUUUCAUUUCUAAACGGUAAGACGGACACGUGGGAAAAUCUCUGAUCCAAAAUGCUGGAGUUUAAGAGACUCAUUUCAUUUUACCUUCAACUGUCCAAAUACAUAUGGAGGGGUGCGUGUGACCGUGGCUGCACCGGCUUCAACGGGACACGUCUUUGUGUACUCUGUCUGUGGCAGACGGUGUGCAUGCCGCUUCUGAUAAUGCAGUCACCAGCGAUCCCACAAGGAGUAGUUGAAGUCAUCAUCAGAUGUGAUGAACUACCUUAAGCAAGCAGCAAGUGUGUGUGUAGACUUUUUUUUAUUUUUUAUUACUGUGCGUGUGUGUUUUAACUUACUGUAUGUGUGUUUGUGCACCAGUCUGUCCAAAGUGCAGCGGGGCCUUGUCUGCCAGUCUGUUACAGGGAGGUUAUUUACUUUUGCUGUGUUGUAGUAUUGAUCCACUUCCUGCUUGUGACUCGGGGGGGGGUGGAGCCUACUGUCCUUGGAAACUGCAGAUGAUGAACCGUAGGUUGAAGACACUGGUGUCGAACACAAUUCCUUAAGAGCCACAGUCAGUGUCUGCUUGUUUUUGGAUCUUAAAAUAUAUAUAUAUAUGUUUUUAGGAUCUAGACCUGCAAGAAAAACCGGGGUCAUGUUUGACUUGGCAUAAAACGGAAAUUAAGUGAAACUAUUUGAACUUGUCCAAUAACAAACACUGAUUAAUUAUGUAAAAAGCAGGAACCCGAAACCCACUGACACUGCAGUGCAGAAUCUAAGGACUGGAGUUGUACUUGUGUGGUUUAGGAGUCCAAAACCACAUUCCCUACCCCAUGACACUUCAUAAGGUGACUAUCCAGGAAAAUUAAAGGAAAAUGAGCACCCCUUGUCUGCACUGAACUGAGGAUUUUAUUUAGAGAGACACAAACCGGCUUCAUUAGAGUCUCAUCAUGGUCUCUCAUAGCAAGUGCUCAGACUUUGACUUAAUGUGACACUGAUAGUUCAGAGACUAAUGUACAAUAAAUGGGUUUAUUUUUUAAAUGUGUGCUGUUUUAUUCAUGUUUCCAGUUGCCU